AUGAUGGUUUAUCUAACUUUUUAGCUUUGGAUCCUUUAUAUAACGGUUGCCAUCUAGCCUCAAUUUUUAAGGUUUAGUAGCAAAUUAAAAGUAGGAGUUGCUCUGAUCAAUUACAUGGAUCUUCAUGUAUUCUUCCUCGUUGUCACCGCCACCGUUGCCACAACCGUCUCCGCCACUGAUCACAUUGUCGGAGCUAACAAAGGUUGGAAUGCCGGCAUCAAUUACACUCUCUGGAGCAACCACCAGACCUUCUACGUCGGUGACUUCAUCUCAUUUAGGUAUCAAAAGACACAACACAAUGUGUUACAAGUGAACAAAAUAGGAUACAAUAAUUGCACAAUAGAGGGUGCACUUGGGAAUUGGAGCAGUGGAAAAGAUUUCAUUCUGCUUAACAAGUCAAAGAGAUACUACUUCAUUUGUGGCAUUGGUGGAUGCUCUAAUGGCAUGAAAGUCUCUGUUCUUGUUCAUCCUCUUUCUUCACCUCCUCCGAGGUCAGCCGUUGUAUCUGCUGUGCAUUCUUCCGAAAAAUCUGCUUCCCCGAUGAUAUUUCGUGGUAAUUUUGGGUCGAUAUUGGUGUUGGUUGAAGUAUUAAUGGCCAUAUAUGUAUGUUGUUGGAUUUAACGAGUUUCGGCUAAGAAUGUUAACUAGCUGAAUUUUGAAAUUGUUUGUUUAAAUCACUAGUAUUGUGUAAUUGUUACUUUGAAAUUUGUUUCAGUUUGAAAAAUCUCUCUUGUUAUUUUCCUUUAA